AUGCAGUUCAAGCAAACUGGAAAACGCAAAAGCCGUUCAAACAGUCAAGAACAAGUUCUACAACAGACACUUCUUGAGCGUCGUGGAACCGGGUUAGAAGAAGCAAGUGCCCUGGAUGACUUUGAAUGGCACCAAGCGAAGCGACGAUCAAGCGCUCGAGACAAUCUGGACGAAGAGCAAAAGGGCAGUGACGAAGAUAACGAGGAUGCUACACCUCAAGUCUUUUGGCGAGCGAGUGCCAAUGCAGUCGAAGGUACUGACUUGUCUGAGCCGACAACGUUUGAAGAUGCUGUUGGUGGACCAGACCAAGUGCUUUGGCCAUACCAUUGGCACCAAGUGGGUAUUCAAGAUCAACGGAAAGCUGAUGGAGCCAUCGAGAAAUACAAGGCGCGUCUCGUGGCAAAAGGGUUCGAGCAGAAAUAUGGCAUCAACUACACGGAAACGUUUUCUCCGGUAGUCAAGUACGUGACGCUGCGCAUGGUGGUUGCAAUCACGAAGUACUUUGACUGGACACUGGACCAACUAGACGUGGUGACAGCUUUCCUUUACGGAGAAAUGAAGUAA